UGUCACAAAACCUCGUAGUUUCGCGACCCCCCGGCAGCCGUCGGCAGACCUGAAUUAAAAGCCACUUGCAUUACCAUAGUUUAUUUCUUUGUCACGGAACAGCGUAGUUGGAUAAGGUGACAUAAUCCAGAAGCGUCUUCAGCUACAAUGACAGAUCAAGUAAAGGAGCUCGUUUCAAAGUGCCUGCAGGCUCGGGACAAGGCUUACUGUCCAUACAGCCGCUUCCCUGUCGGUGCGGCCGUGCUGACAGCAGAUGGCGCCAUAAUCACAGGCUGCAAUGUGGAGAAUGCAUCUUAUGGACUGACGGUGUGUGCCGAGCGGACUGCCAUCCAGAGAGCUGUGGUGGAGGGCCACACACAGUUCAGCGCCAUCGCCGUGACAUGUGACAUCAAAGACCGCUUUGUUGGACCAUGCGGAGCGUGCCGACAGGUCCUCAUGGAGUUUGGAUCAGACUGGACUGUAUACUUGACCAAGCCAGACGGCUCUUACAAAGAAACCAGCCUCAGUGAACUGUUGCCUUUAGCCUUUUCCCCAUCACAUCUAGCUAAGAACUGAUGAAACCUCAGUGAGAUCCUUCUUCGGCUGAUCUUACAGUGACAUAGCAAAAUUAAAUAAUUAAAUAAAUAAAAAUAAAACAGCCUGUAGACUUCUAUCAUAUUUGAAGUUAUUUUACGAUAAAUAAAUAUAAAUGUGAUG